CACUUGUCUUCCCUUUCCCUCCCCUUCCAAACUCCGCUCUCUCCUCCUCCUCCUCCUCCUCGUCCUUCCUCAAAACCCUAUUCAUUAUCUGCAAUUCAAUUCUAAACACUUAUUGAGAUAUCAAACUUCCGUCGAGAUUAUCUUUCUGAGUAACCAUGUCGGCCUUAUCGAGAGGCCUGAUUUCUCGUCUCCACCAUCUCCUCUCAGUAAACCCCAGAGCGUCUUUAGCUCCUGGACCAACACGGACGCCGCUGACUUUUCACUUAUGUCGGAGAUUUAGCAGUGAAGCUUUGGUUGAUGGCGCCGAUAUCGUCUACGAACCCACCCGAAUCAUCGAAGCGAAGCCUGGAGUCAUGACGCCUCAAUCGAAGCGUACUGGGGUCAUUGCUGUUAAAUGUGGAAUGGCCGCUCUUUGGGACAAAUGGGGUGCUAGGAUCCCUAUUAGUAUUCUCUGGGUCGAUGAUAAUAUCGUUUCUCAAGUCAAGACUGUUGAGAAAGAAGGAAUCUUUGCCCUACAGAUUGGUUGCGGACAGAAGAAAGCAAAGCAUUUGACAAAACCUGAAGUAGGCCACUUUAGAGCUCAAGGGGUUCCCAUGAGGAGAAAAUUGAGGGAGUUCCCAGUAACAGAAGAUGGACUUCUUUCAGUUGGUACAUCCAUUGGGGUUCGCCAUUUUGUUCCAGGGCAGUAUGUUGAUGUCACAGGAAUCACAAGAGGAAAAGGUUUCCAGGGUGGAAUGAAAAGAUGGGGAUUUAAAGGAGGGCCAGCAUCUCAUGGUAAUUCAUUAGCACACAGAGCUAUUGGAUCUACUGGUCAGAGGGAUGCUCCUGGAAAGGUAUUUAAAGGCAAAAAGAUGCCUGGGCGCAUGGGUGGGAAGCAAAGAACGGUAAAAAAUGUAUGGAUCUACAAGAUAGAUCCAGCAAGGAAUUUGAUGUGGGUGAGAGGCCAGGUUUGUUUAUCUUACCAAAUUUACUAUCUUUCCAAUGCAAGUGCAUGAACCAAAGCAUUUGAAUCUAAGGGCAACAGGCUCCCUGCUGGCUCAGCCAAAUGGUUGCUGCCACCUUGUCAAAAAUUACUGCUUUGUGAAUUAGUGCAGACUGUUUUCUUAAUUCAACUCAACAGUUAUCAGAAACAUUUUCAAUAGCAAGAACCAUUGUGCAGUUUGAACUUUGAAUUUUGAACUUUACUUUUUGCUUGCCAUGGUAACUGAAAAUCAGGGAUAGGUGGAUUGCCCAUUCCAAAGUGGAUCAUGCUUGUAUUUGCAGAGGAAAUGUAGUAGAUUGUGUUAGAAACUUAGUAGCCACAAAGGAAAUGACAUAGAUUGUGUUAGAACUUAGAAGUUUCUAUUGAAAUGUCCUCUGUACUGACUACUGAGUUUCCCUCUGUACUAUUGUUCACAUAUCUUUCUGUUCUGAACAGGUCCCAGGUGCAGAAGGGAACUUUGUAUUCAUAAGAGAUGCUUUUUACAAGAAACCAGAUAUUUCACAACUUCCUUUUCCAACUUAUUUUGCCCCAGAAGACGAGGACCCAUUGGAGUUAGAACCUCUGGUUGCUGAUCUAGGAGAUGUAGAUCCGUUCAUGGUGGCAGACUGAUCGAAGGGUUAAACUUGGACUUCCAAUGGUAGCCAUUCUUUGUUUGAUUAGGUUAACUUCCCUGCAAUAGGCACCCUUUGCAUUGUAUACGGAAUAUCAAAGAUUGAAGGUCGAAGCCAUGUAAUUUGAUCACUGAGCUGAGUUUGAUGUGAGAAUCCGAAUUCUGAAGCACACUCCCUGAUUUUCCUUUUCUUUUCCUUUUGAAUUGUCUUUCCAAGGAAACCCAGAAAUUUUGAGCCUUCUCAAUCUCAAUAUACUUCUGUUCAUCUU